CAUGCUGUCCUCCCCUAGGUUUUAUCCAGUAAUGGCAUCGCCUGGAACUAUUUUCAGCCUCCUGUUUAUCACAUACCCAAGAGGAAUUUGACCUGGCCAGACGUACAUGUACUAAGACUUCAUUAUCAUCUUGUUCUUCACUGUUGACAUCUCAGCAGAGAGUCUACUCAAGAUUGUGCAGUUCCUCAAGCUUCCGUACGUGCAUAUUGUGUCUGGGGUUGAAGAGAGCAGACAAUAGAUGAACACCAUGGCAUCAACAUGGACGUUCGCCGUGCUUCUCUUAUUGGGAACCGUCUGUGUGAGCCUGGCGGCACCCCGUGAGAACGACACGAAGAACCCCUGUAAGGGCGACACGGAGGAGAAGGUGUGGAAGGGGUGCCGGGUAGCCGAGGGGCGCAAGUACUGCGAGUGUGGCAAGGUCACGGCCUGCGACAACCCCUACAAGUUCAAGAGCGAGAGGGAAUGCAUGAAGGACCUGUUCAGUGACGUUUGCAACCCGAACCCCUGUAAGAACGGCGGGCGCUGCUCCCAGAAGGGGAAGCAGUACGCCUGUCUGUGCUCUAACACUGGCUUCUACGGACGGAGAUGCCACAAGGCCUGCCCGGAGCCCGGCUCUUUCCUCAUGAUGUCUCCCCGCUUCCCUGUGGACUGUAUCCACGUGGGUUAGAGUUCCCAGCGCCACCUACCGCUGCAGUACCGCGCUGGGGUGACAGGCGUGCGUGGUGUUAGCAAACCUUUUUCUCUUGAAAACGCUUCAAGUUUUAAUAGCAACUUUGAAGAAUUUGCUUCAACUCUCAUCCAGAAAAGCAGCUGUAGUUGUAAGCCUACAAAAUAUACUAAUGUGAUAAGUAAAUAAGCUAAGUAAACGUGCUAAAUAAACGUGCCAAUAUUUACAACAAAACCUCACGAUCGAGACUGUAUGAAAUGUUAAUAUGUCUUAUUGCAAUGUGCUUAUGGUGUUGAGCAUUCUCGACGCAAUUUAUGUAAUUGAAACGCGCUACUCAUAGAAAGCAGACAUUUGGUUGGUUAAGACUCAAGACGGCGUUUGUACUCACGUGAUUAUGACGUAUGUCCGACAUGUUGGAUGGUUAAUGUGUACAUGUUUUUAUAGUGACGCAAUUAUGAAGUUAAUGCAACUGUAUAAUUCCAAUGGUCAACAACCGACCUGCAUGGCAAAUGUGAAGCCACGUGUUGAAAUCUUGCUUACCCACUGUGGGAAAGUAAGCGACAUGAUAUGGACUUUUGAGCAACCUCAAUCCACCAGGAGGAUCAGUGACGCGUCAUUUGAUCAUACACUCUUGUCCUGUCCGACAUUCGUUUCCAUUCAAUAAUUAUCUCAUGUUUUUAAGAUGAUGAAUGGUCUCUUGCCAAGGCACCAUCCUAGAUUGGAUGGCAUAAUAUACUUUGCAGUUGUUGUUUUGUUUUUUAAAUAAAGUAACAAGCUGUUAAAA